CGCAGAACUAUAUGCGCAUACUGUUAAGUAAUCAAGCAUGGAGGAAUAUACGCGUGAUCCUUGUCCCUGGCGUAUUGUUGAUGAUUGUGGUGGAGCAUUCUCCAUGGGAGCAAUUGGUGGUUCAUUAUUUCAUGGUAUAAAAGGUUUCAGAAAUGCACCAAGUGGAAAUUACAGAAGAUUAAUUGGAAGUUUUGUAAGUCUAAAAGAAAAGGCUCCAAUUACUGGUGGGAAUUUUGCUGUUUGGGGAGGGUUGUUUUCAGCAAUAGAUUGUUCAUUAGUGUAUGUAAGAAAGAAGGAAGAUCCCUGGAAUUCAAUCACAAGUGGUGCCUUAACAGGAGCUAUUUUAUCUGUCAGAAGUGGAACAGGGGCAAUGGUUGCUUCAGCUGUGAUAGGUGGUGUGUUAUUGGCAAUGAUUGAAGGAAUGGGUAUAUUAUUUAACAAAUACGCAGCAGAACAAUUUGAUCCAGCAAAGAGAAUGGUUUUCGAAGAACCUCCUGCCCCUUCAGCACCAUCUCAAGGUGGAGGUAUAUUUGGAAAUUCUCAACAAUAUCAAUAACGAAAUGUGAUCAUAGUUUAUGAAAAUUAUUUAUUGAAGAACAUAAACAUAACAAGUGUUAUAAGCUCUAGUACAUUGACAUGAUUGUGACUGUGAAAUGCUAAGUUCUCUGAACAUAUUUCUUACAGGAUGACACUGUCAAAAAUAGUGUUCAUUUGAAGCUACUAGUGUUCUACUUGAGUAAAGAUCUUAAAGAGAGGAUAUUUGUGAUGAUAAUGUUAAAAUUUAAAACCAUAAGUAAUUAAUAACCAGAUUCAGUCAAUUUUAGUGGUAUCUUGUGUAUCCAGAUAAACGGUUUCUCUGCCAGUGUUAAUAAAAAUGUAAAAAAAUCGAAAAAAGGACUAUUGAACUAGAACUGUUAUAUUAAUGAAUGUUUAGUUUUAUAAGAAAGGAAAUACCGUAAUAUAUUUAUGUAUAUAUUGUUUAGUUUAUCAAUAGGCCUACUUGUUUUAGUGGUUGAACUGUUUGUGUAACUAUUUAAAAGCCACCAUGGCUAGCAGUACUUUGCAUAGUUUUCUUGAGGGUAAUAAUUGCAUUCUUGAUGGGUGGGAAAGAUACAAACAUCCCGAGGGAAAGAUAGAAACACACCCUGGUGUAAAGCCUAUAUUAGCAAGUUUAGAUACUGUCUGCCUUAGGUGCAGGUGAGAGAAAACUAUUAAGUUUGUCAGUUCAUUGAAUCAUAUUACUUCAUUAUAUACACAGUGUAUGUCAUAUCUGAAUAUCUUUUCAUCACAGAUGUUUUGGUUCCUUCGCUUUAUGUACACCCUUUCGAUUGGUGAAUAAUUCACCAGGAUUAUCCGUAACAACUAUUAAAUAACUGUUGGCAGUUACUGUAUCAAUAUAAAUGUGAGGUGGACAUUCAUUGACAGAUAUUACUGUCUUUUGUGGAAAAGAUGUGCCCUCAGUAUCCUAGUACAAAAGAGUUGGGAUAAUUUGUCAAUUAAUUUAAAUUUCAACUUUAAUAAAUAUAUAUGGCAAUUGGAUAGAAUAUUAUGUGAUACAUGUACAUGAGGAAUAAAUUUUAUAUAAAAAGUAAAA